AGAGGGAAAUAAAGAAAAAAAGGCAUAAAAAUAUCCAAUAUAGACUUGAGGAAAAGGGAUAUAACUAAAGGCAAAAAUGGUAAUAAGGCUCGAGUGGCUAUCAGACAUGGAUUUUCUUGAAUGAUUCCACGUAGGAUACCAAAAUUCUUGUCUCGACCUCUGAAUUCCGAUUGGUGGAGUCUGCUCUCCUCCUGUCCUUCUUUUCCUUUAAUAGAAAUAAAAUAACUUGAUACUUCAGAGAUCAAAUCCCCCCCUGUAUCAAAUUAUCAAUCCACGAAGUCAACUCUUCUUUCUCUCUAAACAGAGGAUCCUCUGUUUUCUUCGGUUCCAAAACUUUAAGCUUUGUGGUUUUUUUAUUUUUUAUUUUGUAGGAUAUCCUGAUCUAAUAUCUCAUGUGUUUGUCAAAUUAACUCGACUUAACUCAAGUUUUAAUAGCUUAAACAUCUUUUCUUUUUUUUUUUAUGUUAAAAAACCUAUAAAGCCACCCUUUUAUAUAUAUAUAUACAGAGGACUCUGAUUUCAGAGAAAUUUCAACGAUGAAACAAGAGACUCUGACAUUAGUGCUAGUGAAUCUAGCAGGGAUUAUGGAGAGAGCUGAUGAGUCAUUGUUACCAGGAGUGUACAAAGAAGUUGGUGCAGCUUUACAUACUGACCCCACUGGUUUGGGUUCAUUAACUUUGUUUCGAUCCAUUGUUCAGUCUUCUUGUUAUCCACUAGCUGCUUACCUUGCUGUGCAUCAUAAUCGUGCCCAUGUUAUUGCUCUUGGUGCUUUUCUUUGGGCAGCCGCCACUUUCCUCGUUGCCAUUUCUUCUACUUUCUUAGAGGUAGCGGUUUCAAGAGGUCUAAAUGGGAUUGGACUGGCCAUAGUCACACCUGCCAUUCAGUCCCUUGUCGCUGAUUCAACUGAUGAAAGCAAUCGUGGCAUGGCAUUUGGAUGGCUACAGCUGACAGGAAACCUUGGUUCCAUUAUCGGAGGGCUCUGUUCAGUUCUAAUAGCCUCAAGAACAUUCAUGGGAAUACCUGGCUGGAGAGUUGCUUUUCAUCUGGUUGGAAUAAUUAGUGUAAUUGUUGGUAUUAUGGUCCGCCUUUUUGCUAACGAUCCACGCUUUUCUGAUACUAAUAGCAAAGCUAAAGACCAAUCUCCCAAGUCUUUUAUCUCAGAGGUGAAGUACCUGAUGAAAGAAGCAAAGUCAGUUAUAAAAAUUCCAUCAUUCCAAAUAAUUGUGGCUCAAGGUGUAUCUGGAUCCUUUCCUUGGUCAGCUUUAUCAUUCGCUCCUAUGUGGUUGGAGCUCAUUGGCUUCUCCCAUGAAAAAACAGCAUUUCUCAUGACUCUUUUUGUAGUUGCUGGGUCACUUGGUGGCCUGUUUGGAGGAAAGAUGGGGGAUGUCCUAGCUAAACGCUUUCCCAAUUCUGGGAGGAUAUUUCUUUCACAGAUAAGCUCUGGUUCAGCCAUACCAUUGGCAGCAGUUUUGCUUCUUGUAUUGCCUGAUGAUCCAUCCACAACAUUCAUCCAUGGUCUGGUCUUGUUCAUCAUGGGAUUUUGCAUAUCCUGGAAUGGUCCAGCUACAAACAAUCCAAUAUUUGCAGAGAUAGUCCCACAGAAAUCUCGAGCGAGCGUCUAUGCUUUGGAUCGAUCAUUCGAAUCAGUGCUAUCUUCAUUUGCUCCCCCUACAGUAGGGAUUUUGGCUCAGCAUGUUUAUGGUUAUAAAACUCCCAAAAAAUCAUUAGACAGUGUCCAAGUGAUAACAGACCGAGAAAAUGCUGCAUCACUUGCAAAGGCACUCUACACAGCAAUUGGCAUUCCAAUGGCAUUAUGUUGCUUCAUCUACUCAUUCCUCUAUUGCACGUACCCAAGAGACCGGGAUAGGGCAAGGAUGACUGCUUUGAUAGAAUUAGAAAUGCAACAAUUAGAGGCAGAUGAUUCUCCUUUGAGAGAAGAACACACUCGAUUGAAUGUUUCAGAAACAAACGGACUGGAUGGAGAGGAAAGAACCGAAAUAGACAUGAAGACUGGAAACAAUGAGAGCAUUGAUUUCGAUGAUGAUGACGACAAGGCUCUACUCUAUCGUCAGCUAACAUUCUCAAAUUUAGCAGACUGACGAACCUGUCAGGCGAAAGCUGUGUUACUGUUACAUGAUAUACUCAGCUAAUCGAUAUAUACAGAAAAACGUUACAUUAAAACUACACUCAUUUUGUAUUCAUUAAUUGAUUUGAUGCUAGCUUGUGUUUCAUCACCAAAUUUGAUUCCUCAAGCUCUGCAUUUUUCUGGCAUGAAAGUUGGGCACGUUUUUCUUGUC